AUGCCACGGUCACAACGCAGGGAAUUUUUCGAAUUUGAUCCUGAUAUUGAGAGAACGUUUCACCAUCGUAGGAGGGCUAAAAGAGCAAUUUUUGCUCUACUCCCUCCGAACAUGGCGUUACCUCCCCCAAUUAUUCCGGAAAUACCACAUUUGGAAAACCAACCGCCGGGUUUUGAGCAAAUUCCACAAUUCCCGAACUUUCAACAAGGACAUCCACAUAAUGAUUUUCCAUUACUCUUUCCCGAGGAUGCUCUAAAAAAGUCAAAAGAAACUGACGUUUUAGAGACCCCUAAGCUUGAUGAUAAAAUUUCAUCUGAACCUCCAAAGGGCACCACAAAGGCCCAAGGCAUUCAGGACCCAUCUUGCUCAACACCUCCAAGUAAGAAUGUGAUAAAACUGGUCCCUCCUUAUGUUCCUUACCCCCAAAGGUUGAGGAAUAAAAAAGAGGAACUGCACUUCAACAUUCCGCUUGUUGAGGCAAUUGAGCAAAUGCCUAGUUAUGCCAAGUUUCUGAAGGACAUCUUAAGCAAAAAGAAGAAGUUGACUGAGUAUGUGACUGUAGCCCUAACCGAAGGAUGUAGUGCGCUUUUGACCAAUAGCAUAACCCCUAAGCUAAAAGAUCUAGGGAGUUUUACCAUUCCUUGUUCAAUAGGAGGGAAGAAGAUAGGGAAAGCACUAUGCAUAGGAGAAGCUAGACCGACCACUGUCACACUCCAAUUGGCAAACAAGUCCAUAGCAUAUCCUAAGAGGAAAAUUGAAGAUGUUUUGGUACAAGUAGACAAGUUCAUAUUUCCGGCGGACUUUAUCAUUCUAGAUUUUGAGGCGGAUAAGGACAUUCCUAUUAUUUUAGGAAGACCAUUUCUGGCCACCGAAAGAACUUUGAUAGAUGUCCAAAAAGGAGAGUUGACCAAGAGACUUCAAGACCAAAAAGUCACAUUUAAUGUCUUCAACUCUCUAAAGUACCCUCAUUACUUGGAAGAGUGUUCAAGAAUAUCUGAGAUAGAGGAGAUGUGUUUGGAAGAGGGAAUUCAGAAAAAUCUUAAAUUGGAAGGAGAGUAUGAUGAGGAAAUAGAAGAGGAAAGUGUUGAGGAAAUAGAGGAAUUAGGAACUGAUGUUGUCCUAGUGGAUACUGCAACAUUUGAGCUGCUGGAAAAUAAUGAGCAAAAAGACUUCACCCCGUCCAUUGAAUCACCACCUGAUUUGGAGUUGAAACAACUCCCAUCCCAUCUAAAAUAUCAGAUGCUACAGCAUUGGUGCAGCGUCGAUCUGAUUCAUGCGCAGCUUUUUGGAGGGCUUAAUGGAUAA